CUGGUUGCUUCCUUAGACCCUUUGUUUGUUGUCGCCGAAUUAAAUGGGGACUUUUUCCAGUUUGAUCAGUUGUUCCUGAUUCUUCAGCUGGUCAAAUUUCUAGGUUUAGGAAUCCUUUCAAGUUUGGAUCGAUCGACUGAGCGAGAGGAGUAAUGGGGCAGAUUGGCGGUGGAUCCAUGGAAUCGUCGAGCGUAGAUUUGGUGCUUGCGAUUCUGGGCAUCAAGGGAAUGGCUUCCGCGACUAUUCCCCCGUAUCUGUUCCUCCUCGGUCUGGCGCUGAUCUUUGCGUCUGCGGCGCUGUUCUUGUGGAGACGAGCUGAUUCGUCGAAGCGGGAGAGUGAGCCAGUCAAAGUGGUGAAGCCGGUUGUGGAGAUUGAGGAGGAGGGCGAUGAGCUUGACGGAUUUAGCAACAAGGUUACUGUUUUCUUUGGGACGCAAACCGGGACGGCUGAAGGAUUUGCAAAGGCUUUGGCAGAAGAAGCCAAAUCUCGCUAUGAGAAGGUUUUGUUCAAAAUCGUGGAUUUGGACAAUUACGCAGCGGAUGAUGAGACAUAUCAACUGAAGCUGAAAAAGGAGAAUUUUGCCAUUUUUAUGCUUGCAACAUACGGUGAUGGAGAACCCACUGAUAAUGCAGCAAGGUUCUACAAAUUUCUCACAGAGGGAGGUGAGGAAAGAGGAUCAUGGCUCUCGGAGAUGACUUAUGGCAUCUUUGGUCUUGGUAACCGUCAAUACGAGCAUUUCAACAAGGUUGCCAUGGUUGUCGAUGAAGAACUCGAGAAGCAAGGCGCUAAGAGAUUAGUUCCUUGUGGAGCGGGUGACGAUGAUCAAUGCAUUGAAGAUGAUUUUACUGCCUGGCGUGAGCAGCUGUGGCCAGAGCUUGAUACUCUACUGCGGAACGAGGACGAUGUUGUCCUGGCUUCAACUCCUUACACGGCUGCUGUGAGCGAAUACAGAGUUGUUUUUCAUGAAAAUCCAGUUAAACUUCUUGAGGGGAGCUUCUCGGCAACGAUGGAAAAUGGUGGUUCUGUUGUCGUUGACAUGAACCAUCCUUGUCGGGCGAUCGUUGCUGUUCAAAGAGAGCUACACACUCCGUUGUCCGAUCGUUCUUGUACUCAUCUGGAGUUCGACGUUGCGGGCACAGGCCUCAGUUAUGAGACAGGAGAUCAUGUUGGAGUUUAUGCGGAGAACUGUCACGAUGUUGUAGAAGAAGCUGCACAGCUUUUGGGCCAUUCCCUUGAUACGGUUUUUUCUUUACACAUUGAAUCGGAAGAUGGAUCUUCUUUGGCCGGAAAUCUUCUGCCACCGUUUCCAACUCCGUGCACUUUGAGAACGGCCUUGGCUCGUUAUGCAGAUCUGCAAACACCUCCUCGCAAAGCUGUGCUUGGUGUGCUUGCCGCUUAUGCAUCUGAUCCUGCCCAAGCAGAACGUCUGAAGCAUCUUGCUUCACCUCAAGGAAAGGAUGAGUAUUCCCAAUACAUUGCAACUUCUCAAAGAACUCUUUUAGAAGUGAUGGAAGACUUCCCGUCCGUUAAAGUUCCACUCGGUGUCUUCUUCGCCUCGGUUUCCCCUCGUUUACUACCCAGAUAUUAUUCCAUUUCAUCAUCUCCAAAGUUUUCUCCCACACGAAUUCAUGUAACUUGCUCUUUGGUUUAUGGCCCGAGUCUGACCGGCCGCAUUUUCAAAGGAGUUUGUUCGACAUGGAUGAAGAAUGCACGAUCAGCUGAAGAAGCCGGUGAUGAGUGUAGUUGGGCACCCAUAUUUGUUCGUCAGUCGAAUUUUAAGCUUCCUGCAAAUUCAACUACACCUAUUGUAAUGAUAGGACCUGGCACAGGAUUGGCGCCAUUCAGAGGAUUUCUGCAGGAAAGAGCUGCUCUGCAAGCUUCUGGAGAAACUCUUGGGCCGGCGGUUCUCUUCUUUGGUUGUCGGAAUCGCAAGCAGGACUUCAUAUACGAGGAGGAGCUGAAGGAGUAUGUCAAGAAAGAAACCUUGAGCAGCUUGUACGUUGCAUUUUCCCGAGAAGGCUCCACCAAGGAAUACGUUCAGAACAAGAUGAUGGAGAAGGCUGUGGAUAUGUGGAAGCUCAUUUCAGAUGGAGCUUAUUUAUACGUUUGCGGUGAUGCUAAAGGCAUGGCUCGGGAUGUUCAUCGGACUUUGCACACGAUUGUGAAACAAGAGGGAAAUGUUUCGGAGCCGGAAGCUUUUGUAAAGCAACUUCAGAACGAUGGUCGAUAUUUGAGAGACGUGUGGUGACUCCAGACAGUGCCAAAUGGACCUUUGGAGCGCUUGUAAAGAGCGGGAUAUCAAUCAGUCGGUCAGUCGGUCAGUCAGAGGCAAGACUAGAUUUUUGUAGAUCAGCGUAACCAUUUAUUCCAGAAGAUUUUCGAAGAAAUCCUCUGAUUCUGUGAUACAUAAAAUUCAGCAUUCGAUUGGUUCUCAGCCCA